CCAUUAGUACGGGAAGAGAAACUGGAAAAAAUAAAUAUUAAAAAAAAAGCAGGGAGAGGUAACUGUUUGAAUCAGACCGUGCUUUGCAUUGUAUCAUACGUACUCUUAUUCUUACCUAUUUUGGUUUUUAAAUUUACGGUUUGGCUUCCGAUUCUGUUAGUGUUGAUUGGAGAGUUUUUCCAAUCCACUUUGUGCGAUCACCAUGGCCAUCGACAUCCAAACUUUGGAAAACAGGUAUCUUGAUUCCUGCAGUAGACAUGGUGUUAUGCCUAACUCUUCUAUUUUGUCAAGCCUUUUCAAGGCUGAGUUCAAAAAGUCCAACCAUGAGCUGUGCAUCCUGGAUAUUUUAAUUGAUGACCUAAAGGAUAUUGAUAUUGCUCCACUUCUUGACUUAUGCAUCAACCUUGAUACUUCUGAAAUAGAAGUGGUUGAUGUAUGUAAUGAAUCAUCGUGUGUAUUAAAUGGAGAAUAUGCAUUAUCAUUGAUGCGAGCUAUUAAUCAAAAGCUUCGAGUAGUCCAUCUACAGGAUCUUUCAUUUGGAAAGGACUUCUUACGGGAUAUUUCUCAAAGGGGGUUGACAUGCCAAGUUUUGACAUUGAGGUGUUCUCGUUUCCGGAAGCUGAACUUAAUGGGGGAGUUCAUGCAUAUGCACACCCUAAAUCUUGAUUUCAGUUCUUCGCUUACCUGUUUCCAGGAGGACUGUUUUAAUUGUAUGCCCAAUCUAAUGCGCCUCUCAAUGUGUGAUACACGGAUUACAAAUCUUUGGACAACUGUUGCAGCUCUCUCUAAGCUUCCUUCUUUGAUUGAAUUAAGGUUUCAAUAUUGGCAGUAUUGCAAUGAUGCUGGGACAUCUUUUAUCUCAUCCAGCGGGAAGACAGAUGGCCCUUCUGAUUUUAGCCUGCUUGAUAAACUUCCUUUUAUUGGUGAAUCCUUCACUGAUACAGCAGAACUGACAGAUCCCAGCUUUGGUGCUGAAGAUCCAAUAAGAAAUUUCUAUUCCUUUGAUGAAGAAGCUAUAAAUCAUGAUGUUCAAAGCAUGGUUGAGGAUUCAUCAGACGAUAGUGAAGUUGACUUUACUAGUCGACAUAAUAGAUACUGGUUGUCAGAUGUUUUUCCUGGUUGGAAUUCAGAAGUGCCUCUUCAAAAUGAGUUGUUCACAUUUCAGAAUGAAGAUGGAGAAGAGUCAUUGCAAGGUGAUUUUACAGAGCGUAUUGCUGAUGUUUCUAUGAAGUAUAUGUCUCGUCAUGCAUCACCAAUAUGCUAUGAGAAACAUUACAGAGAGUUCAUGAUAGCUUCAUUACCAAAUCUAAAAAAUUUAGAUAAUAUGCCAAUCAGAAAGAUUGACAAGGAAAGGGCUACUGGAAUAUUUUCUGAAUACUUUGAAUAUCUUCCAUAUAAAUGGAAGCACAAAGAGAGCGUUGUAAAUAUCUUACAGAUGAGAGAAAUAAAAUCAGGCCACAAUAAGGUGCAAUCUUCUAAGCAUAGGCCAUCAUAUCCUUCUGCAAAUUCCCAAUAUUUUUAUACUAGGUCUCUUUGUGCUGCUAAAUUGGGGUCUUCAACUUGGCCUUUCUUGCAUCCCCUUUCUCUAACAGGAUGUGAAUUGGACAAGGGCUUUCAUCCAAGGCAGUUUGAGUACCAUCCAUCUGACUCUAGUUUGAUGGUCUUUGGAACUUUAGAUGGUGAAGUAGUUGUCAUAAACCAUGAGAAUGAACAUAUUGUUAGUUAUAUCCCAUCACUUGGAGCAAUGAAUAGUGUUUUGGGUCUCUGUUGGCUCAAAAAAUAUCCCUCAAAGCUUAUAGCUGGUUCAGACAAUGGUUCCUUGAAAUUGUAUGACAUCCUCCAAAUACCAAGAAAAGUUACUGGCGCACAUGGGAAUUUUGGUUGUGUUACCUUUGAUGAAUUUGACCAGUUGACAUCUGUUCAUGUUAACUCUACAGAUGAACUGUUUCUUGCAAGUGGUUACUCCAGAAAUGUUGCUUUAUAUGACAUCAACAGUGGGAAGCGGUUACAAGUGUUCACAGAUAUGCAUCGUGGGCAUAUUAAUGUAGUCAAGUUUGCUAAUCAUUCCCCAUCAAUUUUUGCCACUUCAUCGUUUGAUCACGAUGUCAAAAUGUGGGACUUGAGACAAAAACCAAUACACCCUUGCUUCACUGUUUCUAGCUCUAGAGGAAAUGUGAUGGUUUGCUUUUCUCCGGAUGAUCAAUAUAUUCUUGCAUCAGCGGUUGAUAAUGAGGUUAGACAAUACCUGGCUGUUGAUGGUAGGCUUCACUUAGUUUUUGAUAUAGCUCCCACUGAAAGUUCUCAAAAUUACACCCGUUCUUAUUACAUGAAUGGGAGGGACUACAUCAUAAGUGGGAGUUGUGAUGAACACGUCCGUAUUUGCUGUGCGCAAACAGGAAAGCGCUUGAGAGAUAUAUCCCUUGAGGGAAGAAGCUUAGGAAGUUCCGUGUUUGUUCAAUCUUUGAGGGGUGAUCCUUUCCGAGAUUUCAAUUUGAGCGUGUUAGCGGCUUACAUGCGACCAGGCACCAAGUCAAAAAUUGUCAAGGUUGUACCAUAUUUUCUUAUGCGCAUUAUUCUAUACCACGACAAUCUCAAUGACAUAUUCAUUAUUCUCCAAGUUUUCUUUUACUUGUUUGGAGCGAGUAAAAAGGAGAAAAACUAUAUUGAGGUAGUUAGUCCAUUAUUUAUCCCUCCAAAUCUGGGAAGAAAAUGGAGACAAUGAUACCGAUAGUAAAAAAAGCUACAUUACGAGUUUAACUCACUUAACUUUAUUUUCUAGAACUAAAUAUUUUACAAUGUUAUUGCUCUUUAUCUUAUAUGUUAAAAUAUCCUAAUAAAAAUUGCUAUAUAAUUAGAAGGAUUCUUUGGGAAAAUUUUCAAGUUCAUUUUCUACCUUUAAUAUUAAUUGAUAAAGUGUUUCUACUAUAUUUAAAAUUAAAAUGCAUUUGAUAUUCAGAUGUAAUAGAGAUAUACUAUUAAUCCAACAAUUAAGUUUUCGUCCUUCUGUUUUUGCACAGGUAUAUAUAGUAAAAUGUUAUUAUUUUCUUUAUUCAUUUUCCAACUUACAGUCUUCCAUUCCCUCCAAACAAGAACAAAAAUUGCGUUCUUAUUAAUUAUGCGAUCAACAUUGGAAGAUUCAGAAGAAGAGUGAUAAAUGAUUUUUGAACUUAAAUCAGCGGGAGAUCAGUUUUCUCAAGUUUUAUUUUAAUUUU